AUCAUAUUUUACGAAGUAUUAAAUUUGAUAUCGUAAUAGCAAUUUCGAUUAAAGUUCGAAUUUCACGUAUUAUAAGUUUGAAUUUAUUUGUUUUGGCUACCAUAUAAUAUUAUACCGGUCCGCUACUCUACUACUGUGAAUUUACCGGCGCCGCUGCUGCUCCACCGGAACCGUUUUUCCGCCGCCGUCAUCAAAGCUACCAUUUUUUCCGGGGAAAACUAUCGCUUUCUUUAAUCAAGGUUGAAGAAGAAAAAAUUUGAAGCACAGCUAUGAUCACAGUAAUCAUUUUAUCAAACACAUAGAAUGCAUUCGAGAGUAGGGUUUCUCUUAGCAUGCACAAAAAGGAGGUCUUCUUCGUCUACGUUUCUUCUAUCUACUGUGUUCUCUUCUCAUCAAAAUCGGAAGAUAUUUGUUGCUUGUCACCGUCGGAUUUUGAUUGGUAGUGAUAUAAGUAAGAUUUAUUUCUUCGAAGAAUCGAAUUUUCGUGGAUUGGGACAGCUGCGUGGGUUUUGCAGAUACCCUGGUAUAGCAGCUUUAGAGCAAUUCUCCGAUGAUGAGUAUGAAUGCGACUACGAAAAUCAUCCGGCUUCGUCAUCAGUGGCCAAUGUAGAUGAGUGGAAAUGGAAACUUAGCCUGCUGUUGCGCAAUGAGAAGGAUCAUGAAAUUGUAUCCAGAGAUAAACGGGAUAGAAGAGACUAUGAACAGAUAUCCAACCUUGCUAAAAGGAUGGGUCUCUAUAGUGAAAUUUAUGGGAAAGUUGUAGUGGUGAGCAAGGUUCCUCUUCCAAAUUACAGACCUGAUCUUGAUGAUAAGCGGCCUCAAAGAGAGGUAGUAAUCCCACUAAGUCUGCAAAGGAGAGUAGAAGGCUUGCUUCAAGAACAUAUUGAUAGAACACAACUCAGCAGUGGAAAAGAUGACAACAUUUUAGAUGGUACUAAGUCCUCUGAUAUAGUCACAGAUGCUAAUAUGGAUGAAAAUCCAGAUUCAUUCUUAGAUGGCUCUGUCAUGGAGAAGGUUCUUCAGAGGCGGAGCUUACGCAUGCGUAAUAUGCAGAGGGGUUGGCAGGAAUCUCCUGAUGGCAACAAAAUGCUAGAAUUCCGGAAAUCUCUUCCUGCAUUUAAGGAAAAAGAAAGGCUGCUCCAAGCAAUUGCACGUAAUCAGGUGGUAGUAAUUUCUGGCGAGACAGGAUGUGGUAAGACCACUCAACUGCCACAGUACAUUCUAGAGUCAGAGAUAGAAUCUGGCCGUGGAGCAUUUUGUAGCAUAAUUUGUACGCAACCUCGAAGAAUAUCUGCUUUGGCUGUUGCAGAAAGAGUGGCUACAGAAAGGGGAGAACCUCUUGGUGACUCAGUUGGUUAUAAAGUGCGAUUAGAAGGGGUGAAAGGAAAAAAUACACAUUUGCUAUUUUGUACGAGUGGUAUUUUGCUUCGUCGUCUUCUCAGUGACCGCAAUCUUGACGGUAUAACCCAUGUUUUUGUUGAUGAAAUUCAUGAGCGAGGCAUGAACGAAGAUUUCCUGUUGAUUGUGUUGAAGGAUCUUCUUCCACGACGCCCAGAUUUGAGAUUGAUUUUGAUGAGUGCUACUCUUAAUGCUGAAUUAUUUUCCAGUUACUUUGGAGGAGCGCCUAUGAUUCACAUCCCAGGCUUCACAUAUCCUGUAAGAGCAAACUUUCUGGAAGAUGUGCUGGAAAUUACGGGAUAUAAGUUGACUUCAUUCAACCAAAUUGAUGAUUAUGGCCAGGAGAAGAUGUGGAAAACACAAAAACAGUUAGCACCCCGCAAAAAAAAAAAUCAGAUAACUGCUCUUGUUGAGGAUGCUGUAGAAAAAUCAAACUUCGAGAAUUAUAGUCCAAGGGCACGUGAUUCACUAGCAUGCUGGGCUCCUGAUUGUAUUGGAUUCAAUCUUAUUGAGGCAGUUUUGUGCCAUAUAUGUCGGAAAGAACGUCCAGGCGCUGUACUAGUAUUUAUGACUGGUUGGGAAGAUAUUAGUUGUUUAAGAGAUCAACUUAAAGCACAUCCUCUCUUGGGUGACCCAAAUAGAGUGUUGGUGCUCACUUGUCAUGGUUCUAUGGCUACCUCUGAGCAGAAACUCAUAUUUGAAAAGCCACCUCAGAAUGUACGUAAAAUAGUACUUGCAACAAAUAUGGCCGAGGCAAGUAUUACUAUAAAUGAUGUGGUCUUUGUGGUGGACUGUGGAAAAGCGAAGGAAACGACUUAUGAUGCUCUAAAUAAUACUCCGUGCUUAUUACCUUCAUGGAUUUCACAAGCCUCUGCACGACAAAGAAGGGGUAGGGCUGGCCGUGUCCAACCAGGCGAGUGCUACCACUUGUAUCCACGAUGUGUGUAUGAAGCUUUUGCUGAAUACCAACUACCUGAACUCCUGAGAACUCCUUUAAAUUCUCUUUGCUUGCAAAUAAAGAGUUUGCAGGUUGGAAGUAUUGCUGGAUUCCUUUCGUCUGCGCUUCAGCCUCCAGAAUCAUUGGCUGUGCAAAAUGCUAUUCAGUUUUUGAAGAUGAUUGGUGCAUUAGAUGAAAAUGAGAAUCUUACACAUCUAGGCAAAUUUUUAGCAAUCCUCCCUGUGGAUCCCAAGCUUGGGAAAAUGCUCAUUAUGGGUACUAUUUUCCGUUGCUUUGAUCCUGUUUUGACUAUUGUGGCUGGUCUUAGUGUACGGGAUCCAUUUCUGUUGCCUCAAGAUAAAAAAGAUUUAGCGGGAACAGCAAAGUCCAGAUUCUCAGCCAAGGACUAUAGUGACCAUAUGGCGCUUGUCCGUGCAUAUGAAGGAUGGAAAGAUGCUGAAAGGGAAGGUUCUGCCUAUGAAUAUUGCUGGAGGAAUUUCCUCUCUGCCCAGACUCUUCAAGCUAUCCAUUCUCUUAGAAAGCAAUUUAUCUUCAUCUUGAAAGAUGCUGGAUUGCUUGAUGCUGAUACUGCAACUAACAAUAAGCUAAGUUACAAUCAGUCUUUGGUUCGUGCUGUCAUAUGUUCUGGAUUGUAUCCUGGAAUUUCUUCAGUGGUGAAUAGAGAGACAUCAAUGUCCUUCAAGACUAUGGAUGAUGGACAAGUCUUUCUAUAUACAAAUUCGGUCAAUGCUCGCUAUCAAACGAUUCCAUACCCUUGGCUGGUGUUCAGUGAAAAAGUUAAGGUCAAUACAGUCUUCAUACGGGAUUCUACUGGAGUAUCUGAUUCGAUUGUGAUCCUAUUUGGUAGUACUCUAGACUGUGGAGAUGUGGCUGGGCAUUUAAAGAUGUUAGGUGGAUACAUAGAGUUCUUCAUGGAUCCUUCUCUGGCGGAUUGCUACAUAAAGCUCAAAGAGGAGCUCGAUAUACUUUUGCAAAAGAAGCUUCAAGAUCCUGAGGUAGACAUCCACAAGGAAGGCAAAUACCUUAUGCUUGCUGUUCAGGAACUGGUUUCAGGAGAUCAGUCUGAGGGCAGGUUUGUGUUUGGUCGUGAAAACAAGAAGCCUAAAGAUUCUGACGCUGAUAGAUUUACAAGGGACGGGACAAACCCAAAGAGUUUGUUGCAGACGCUACUUAUGAGGGCGGGUCACUCCCCUCCCAAGUACAAAACAAAGCAUCUAAAAACAAAUGAAUUUAGGGCACUUGCAGAGUUCAAGGGAAUGCAAUUUGUAGGUAAACCAAAGAGAAACAAAGCCCUUGCAGAAAAGGAUGCUGCAAUAGAAGCACUAGCAUGGUUAACUCAAACAUCUGACAAGAAUCAUGGUGAAGAUGAUAAAUCUCCUCCUGAUGUCACCGAUAACAUGCUGAAGCUUCUUGGUAAACGCAGGAGAUCAAAGCGUCGCUGAGGUGAUAAGACUAAUUGAUUGUAGGCAUAAUACAUAAAUAUGCCCUUUAACUUGGCUUCGAAUUACAUUUAUGACCUUCAACUUUGGAUUUGCACAAGUAGACACUUAAAUUUGUAUAAAGUUGAACAAAUAGACACACAUGUCCUAUAUGUCAUUUUUUUUAUCCUAUCUGGUGUUCUACGUGUAUUGUGCCAUGUAGGACUCGUGUGUUUGUUUAUUUAAAAGUUGGAUAGUUAAAGUGCAUGUUUGUGCAUUACGAAAGUUGAAGGUCAAAGUUAAAAUUUGAAGUCAAGUAUAAUGUCUUGAUUGUAAUUUGAGAACGAAUAGUCAUGGGUGUAGGGCCUUUCAAAAUGAACAAUGCAAGUGGACAAGGAAGCAUUUACAUGUAACUUAUUAUUCUCAAAUCUACUAUAGAAAAAAAUACUUUAAAAA